AUGGAGGCACCUGCAGAAGGAGGCUCCAGCUUCCAGGCCGGGCAGCAGGUGGGGGCCACACGGCGGCUUGCUCCUUGGCCGCAGGUGGGAGCCACGGCCCACGCAGCCGGUGGUUGCCCGACGUUCCGUGAGGCCCAGCGGCCCCUGCCACCACUGCUGGAGGGCAGGCCCAGAGAGAGGCUGGUGGAGCUGCACACCUCCUUCAGGGAGCUGUUCACCUUCUUCUGCGCCAACGCCACCAUCCACGGGGCCAUCCGCCUCGUCUGCUCCAGCCAGAACGGCCUCAAGAUGGCGUCCUGGGGGCUGCUGCUGGUGGGCGCCCUGGGGGUGUUCUGCUGGCAGUUCGGGCUCCUCUUAGCACAAUACGGGCGUCACCCGGUCAUCAUGACCGUGUCCGUGCACUCGGAGCUGAGGCUCUUCCCAGCCGUCACUCUGUGCGACAUGAACCCACACAGGCCACGCUCAGCCCGCUACCACCUGCAGGUACUCGAUGAGUUUGCCCGGGAGAAUAUCCACUCUCUCUACAAAUUCAACUUCAGCGAGAACAGGGACGUCCCCUUUGCUGACGCCGGGCUCCCACAGCCGGCCUUCUACCUGGACCGCGGGAUCCGCCUACAGAGGCUGAGCCAACCAGGCGGCCAGAACAAAGUGGGUUUCCGCCUGUGUAACAGCACCGGGGGAGACUGCUUCUACCGGGCCUUCUCGUCAGCCGUGACAGCCAUCCGGCAGUGGUACCACUUCCACUACGUGAACAUCUUGGCCCUGACGCCCCCCGCCCGCGAGGACGGAGGCCGCUUUGUCUUCUCCUGCCGAUUCGACGGCCAGGACUGCCGGGCCCGGCACUUUCGAACGUUCCACCACCCCACCUACGGUAGCUGCUACAGCUUCAGUGGCGUCUCAGCUGCGCGGCACCCGGGCAUCACCCGUGGGAUCAGCCUGGUCCUCAGGGCUGGGCGGCAGAACCACCUCCCUCUGCUGUCCACGGAGGCUGGCAUCAAGGUCAUGAUUCAUGGGCACGACCACACGCCCUUCCUGGAGCACCAGGGCUUCAGCGUCCGGCCGGGCACCGAGACCACAGUCGGCAUCCGAGAGGACGAGGUGCACCGGCUGGGGGGCCCCUAUGGCCGCUGCACCAAGGGUGUGGAGGGCGUGGACGUGCAGCUGCUCUACGAGGCCUCGUAUACCCUGCAGGCCUGCCUCGUGUCCUGCUUUCAGCAGCUAAUGGUGGAGACCUGCUCCUGCGGCUACUACUUCUACCCCCUGCCGUCAGGGGCUGAGUACUGCAGCUACGCCAGGCACCUGGCCUGGGGUCACUGCUUCUACCGCCUCUACAAGGACCUGGGGACCCACCGGCUUCCCUGUACCUCACGCUGCCCCAGGCCCUGCAGGGAGUCUUUCUACAAGCUCUCUGCCGGGACCUCCAGAUGGCCUUCCUCCAAGGCAGCCGACUGGAUCCUGGCCGUGCUGGGCAAGCAACGCCACAGGAGCCUGAGCCAGAGCCCAGGCCUCAGGAGCAACGUGGCCAAGGUGAACACCUUCUACCAGGAGCUCAACUACCGUACGGUGGACGAGACGCCCAUUUACUCGGUGCCCCAGCUGCUCUCAGCCACGGGCAGCCUCUGGAGCCUGUGGUUCGGCUCAUCGGUCCUCUCUGUCCUGGAGCUGCUGGAGCUGCUGCUCGACGCCAUAGCCCUCAUGCUCCUACGGGGCUGCCACUGGCUCUGCAGAGCUCGGGGGUCCCAGCCAGGGGCAGCCACGGUGCCAUCCCACGCCACGCCAGAAGCCAACCAGUUGCCCACUGACCGCAGGGAUGACAUUAAUCAUCUGGGGGGCCCUGCUGGCCUCAUCUCCCACGACGCUCCCUGGAGCUCUGGCAGGAGUCUUUGCUGAAGAGUUAGGCCAAGUGAGGGGCCCAGCCUCCCCACACCUGAGCCAGCCGGACUUGUUCUGAUCCUGAGGGACAUGGCAGCGGUGGGCUCUCCUGGCUGCCCAGGGUGAACUGGACCAGCCCCACAGAGCCACCCCAGCUAGCCAAGCCAAGCCCAGGGCCCAGGAAGCAGCACUGGGGUCUGCAGGCAGGCACCAGGGUGCCCAGCCACCUGCCCAGUGGCGGCCUCACUCAGGCACCAGGGCAAGGGGAGGGGAGCGAGUGUCCCUACCACUCUGGAUUCCCGAGUCUAGUCUGCUGCGUAGCUGUGUGUGCACGUGCGAGGCGGGGGAGGGGGGCCUCCACACGGGAGUGUGCCUGUUUGGUCGGUGUCGUGUAAACGCAUGUACGUUUCUAAGUGUGUCAACAUACCUGUGUAUACCCGUGUGCAGGUGUGUGCAGGCAUCCGGUGGAGCCUUCCGCAGCUCGGGGCAGCUGGGAAGAAGGGUCGGGCCAGGCCAAGGCACUUGGUGACCUUGGGCUGCUUUGUA